UAAUGACUCUAAUCCCUAAUUUCUAAAACCCUAAUUGGCCUACCCCUUCUCUCUGCAACUCAGCAUAUCGUCAUUCGAAUUUGUACACUCAUUUUUGCAACAUCGUCUUUACCAUAACAUUUAUAUGUAUGUUCAGAUUGGUGUCCACCUACAGAAGUAGGCAUAUUUCCGAAAGUUUGCCGUUGUUUCAAGCUCGUCGCACCUUGUUUUCAACAUCCGUGAAUGCUCUUCAACGCACAUCAGAUGAAGACGGUGACAAGAGGAUUGAUUUCGACCAUCUAUUCAAAUCCUGCAACCGGUUGCACCUUGCCAAGCUCCUCCAUGCCCUUGUUGUUGUUGCGGGGAAAGCUCGAAGCAUCUUUUUUUCUGCCAAGCUUGUUAAUGUUUAUGCCUACCUUGGCGAUGUCUCGUUCUCGCGCCGCACAUUUGAUCAAAUACCCAACAAAGAUGUUUAUACCUGGAAUUCAAUGGUUUCUGCUUAUGUACGCACGGGUCAUUUUCGGGAAGCUGUAGAUUGUUUCUAUCAGUUUUUCUUGACCUCUGGUCUUCGACCUGAUUUCUACACUUUUGCUCCCGUGCUAAAAGCUUGUAAAAAUCCACUCGAUGGGAUGAGGAUACAUUGCUUGGUACUAAAACUGGGCUUUGAAUGGGAUGUCUUUGUCACCGCUUCCUUGGUUCACAUGUAUACCCGAUUCAGAGCUUUAGGCAAUGCUCGUAAAUUAUUUGAUGAUAUGCCAGUACGAGAUAUGGGUUCUUGGAAUGCAAUGAUUUCUGGAUACUGUCAAAACAGCAAUGCUGCGGAGGCAUUAGAUGUUUUGAAUGAGAUGAGAUCAGAAGGGGUACUGAUGGAUCCGGUUACUAUAGUUAGCAUUCUUCCUAUUUGUGCACAGUUAGACGAUAUUUUGAAUGGAAUGUCGAUUCAUGUAUAUUCUAUAAAACGUGGGUUGGAGUAUGAUUUGUUCGUAUCUAAUGCUUUGAUUAACAUGUACGCGAAAUUUGGUGAGUUGGCAAAUGCGCAGAAGGUUCUCGAUAACAUGGUAGUAAGGGAUGUGGUCUCUUGGAACUCGAUAAUUGCUGCUUACGAGCAGAAUGAUGAUCCGAACAGGGCGCUAGCUUUAUUCUACGACAUGCAACUAACUGGAAUUAGUCCUGAUUACCUGACGCUGGUGAGUGUAACAUCUAUCGUUGCUCAAUUAGGUGAUUCUUGGAAUGGUAAGUCCGUCCAUGGAUUUGUCAUGAGGAGAGGUUGGAUUCUGAAAGAUGUCAUUUCCGGAAAUUCAGUGGUGGACAUGUACAGUAAACUUGGUGAUAUGAGUUCUGCACGUGCAGUUUUUGAAUCCCUUCCGGUUAAAGACGUGGUAUCUUGGAACACUUUAAUCACCGGUUACACUCAAAAUGGUUUGGCAAGCGAGGCAAUCGAAGUAUUCGACAUGAUGCAAAAGGAAAUAGUACCAAAUCAAGCGACUUGGGUCAGCAUUUUACCCGCUUAUUCCAAUAUAGGCGCCUUGCGACAAGGGAUGCGGGUUCACGGACUGUUGGUUAAGUCAUCGCUCUAUUUGGAUAUCUUUGUCGGAACCUGCCUAAUCGACAUGUAUGGGAAAUGUGGGAAAUUAGAUGAUGCUAUGUCCUUGUUCUAUGAAGUACCGAAAAUGACAUCUGUCCCCUGGAAUGCCAUAAUAUCUUGUCACGGAAUUCAUGGGCAUGCUGAGAAAGCUCUAAAACUAUUUAGAGAAAUGCGAGAAGAGAGAGUGAAGCCGGACCAUGUAACUUUUGUAUCACUGCUCUCAGCUUGUAGCCAUUCGGGUUUAGUUGAAGAGGGUCAGUGGUGCUUUAAUGUGAUGCGGGAAGAAUACGGAAUUGAGCCUAUUUUGAAGCAUUAUGGUUGCAUGGUAGAUAUGUUCGGUCGAGCUGGGCAUCUAGAGAAGGCAUAUAAUUUUAUAAAAGACAUGCCAGUAAAACCCGAUGCAUCUGUUUGGGGUGCCCUUCUUGGUGCUUGUAGAAUACAUGGAAACAUUGAUUUGGGCGCUUUUGCAUCCGAACGUUUGUUUGAAGUGGAUUCUGAGAAUGUCGGGUACUAUGUUCUGAUGUCUAACAUUUAUGCGAAUAUUGGGAAAUGGGAAGGAGUAGAUAAAGUAAGAACACUAGCCAGAGAUAUGGGAUUGAGGAAAACUCCUGGAUGGAGCUCGAUUGAGGCGAAUAACAAGGUCGAUGUCUUUUAUACCGGAAAUCAAAGCCAUCCGAAAUGCGAGGAGAUAUACAAGGAGUUGAGGAAUUUGAAUGCUAAAAUGAAAAGUCUAGGCCAUGUUCCAGACUACAGUUUCGUUUUGCAGGAUGUCGAAGAAGACGAGAAGGAGCAUAUCCUUAUGAGUCAUAGCGAGAGAUUGGCGAUUGCAUUCGGGAUUAUUAGCACCCCUCCUAAAACUCCUAUUAGAAUAUUCAAGAACCUGAGAGUUUGCGGUGAUUGUCACAAUGCAACCAAGUACAUAUCCAAAAUCACCGAGAGAGAGAUCAUCGUACGGGAUUCCAACCGUUUUCAUCAUUUCAAAGACGGGGUUUGCUCUUGCCGUGACUAUUGGUAAACAUGAAUUCAAGAAACAACAAGAACGGAGUACACUCUAUAAAGCUUAAGCAGUUGAGCCGGAACUUGGAUUGAUUAUCAUUAAACCAUACUUCCGGCACGAGUUGCACUGUAUCAGACAACAGGAUGUACUCAUUCAAAUCUGCUUUACCGAGAGAGACCAUCAAGCCUGAUUCGAACCAUUUUUCGUCAUCAUGAAAAUGGGGUUGGCUCUUUAUAUGCUCUGGCAGUUGAACUGGAGCUUGGAUUGAUUACCGGUGAACCAUACUUUCAGCAUGAUGUACCCAUUCAAAUCUGCAAACUGAUAUGACUUAAUAGAAAAGCUCAUCAUUUUUGCCA